GUGGGAUGUUUUUGGGUUCUUCCAUUUCUGGUAUGUAAACAAACAAAGACGUACUGGCCACUGGCGCGUGGUGGCGAAUUGCGCGAAAGUUUCGUUGGCGGUCCCCUCCAUUUCCUCAAACGUCGCUUUCCGUUGCAGGCGAUGCAGCAGCGGCAGCGCAGACGCUAGGGAGAAGCUGGGUAAUAAUAAGGUCAUCGCCGGAACUUCCGUUCCGCCCACCCCGACUUAUCGAGCUCAGUUCUCCAGGGGAUUGAUAUGAAUCCUCAAUUGGGCAAGAGGAAACUCAGUGCUCGGAAAUUCAAAGAACUUGUAAUGUCAAGGGCAAAGAGAUUGAUGAAAGCCAAAGAUGAUAUGCAUGAAAAAUCUCCACCAGUUCACAGCUCCGAAGAUUCCCCACGAGAGAAAACUUCUACCUGUGAUUUACAGGAUGAAAGGAAUGCAGUGUCUUUACACAACUUAAAGUGUAGAGAUCUUGACGAUUGCAAAGUACAACAUGGAGAUCCCAAGCAGAGUAGUGAUACUGAAAGUGGACAUGACAAAUGUUGCAUAUGCUCUAGUGGGGGAAAUCUUAUAAGUUGUGCCGGAAAAGGAUGCAUGAGGAACUUCCAUCUGCAGUGCAUGGACCCCCCUCUAAAAUUUUUUCCUCUUGGAACAUGGUAUUGUAAUUUUUGUGUAAAAAAGAAGGUUGUCUUAGGUGUUCAUUCUGUAUCUCAAGGAGUGGAGGCUGUUUUUUAUUCCAGAGACAUUGAUUGCGAUAAGGAAGUGACACAUAAGCAGAAGAGGAAACAAGAGUAUUGGGUAAAGUACAAAGGCCUUGCUCAUAUUCAUAACCGGUGGAUUCCAGAGACGGAUCUGAUUCAUGAGGCACCAAAAAUUCUUGCGAGAUUCAAGAAAUUCAGAAAGGUGAGCUGGAAAACAGAUUGGACUAUUCCUCAUCGUCUGCUUGGGAAAAGGUUGUUGGUAUUACAAGGGGCUAGUGAAACAAGUUCUGUAGGGAAUAAUGAUGAUGGUUCUGAUUGUCAUUAUGAAUGGCUUGUGAAAUGGAGAGGCCUUGACUAUGAUCAAGCUACAUGGGAAUUAGAGACUGCUUCAUGUUUGAACUCCCCAUUGGCAUUACAAAUGAUCAGUGACUAUGAAAGUUCCCAUAAAAAGGCAAUCCUGGAGGGUAGUAAAUCUCCUUUCCCUGAGCUUUUGGCAGCCCCAUUUGAAUGUACUGCUCAAGUACACGCUAGUAAUUUCGUUUAUGUGAACAAACUUAUCCAAUAUUGGCAAACAAAUGAUAAUGCAGUUGCAAUUGACAACGAGGAGCAGAUUUUGAAGAUGGUACUAUUAGUAUCCUCUUUCGCAAGUCAUACGCGACAUCCAUUUUUUAUAAUCACUACUAAUGCUUCUCUUUCUGAUUGGGAAGAUGAGUUCUCACGAUAUGCACCAUCUAUCAACGUUGUUGUGUACAAAGGGAAUGGUGAUGUUCGUGCUUUCAUUAGGACUCUGGAGUUCUAUAAUGAGCAAGGUGCCAUUAUGUUCCAAGUUCUUAUCUCACAUUAUGACACUGUUGUCCAGGAUAUUGAAAUACUCAAGUCUAUUAGCUGGGAAGCGAUAAUCAUAGAUAUUAGACAAAGAUCCUUGGCACUAACUCCUCUAAGGAGCUUAAGUCACAUCAAUGUGCUAGCUGCUAACAAGAAAUUGCUUCUUUUCCGUCAAAUAGAGGAUAGAAGGUCCGAUUACCGCAAAUUUCUCUCAUUACUUGACCCAGAAAAUGAAGAGACCAAUCUUGAUUUUCUAGAGAGUGGAUAUGAAACGGAAGUCAUCAAGUUAAAAGAACGGUUUGCUAAAUUUGUUGCAUAUGAGUGCAAGUCCUCCAUGCCUAAAUUUGUUGAGUACUGGGUUCCAGUCAGGCUCUCAGAUCUGCAAAUUGAACAGUACUGUGCUUGCCUUUUGUCAAAUUCACAUUUACUCUGCUCAAGUUCAAAGAACGAUUCUUUAAGCAACCUUCAUGAGAUACUAAUGACAACUAGAAAGUGUUGUGAUCACCCUUACCUGGUAGAUUGGACUUUGGGGAAAUCCAUAGUAGAAGGCCUUCCAGUGGAUGACCAUUUAGAUUUGGAAAUCGAACUCAGUGGAAAAUUACAACUCCUGAGUAGGAUCCUUUUUGAGGUUAGGAAACGAAGGCUGAGAGUCCUAAUUCUUUUUCAGUCGCUACCUACAUCUGGGGGGAUAUCUGUAGGAGACAUACUGGAUGACUUUAUUCAUCAGAAGUUUGGGAAAGACAUUCAUGCACGCAUUUGCGUGAACAUAUCUCCUCCAGUUAGGAGAUCCAUACUGAACAAGUUCAACAAAAAAGAGAGUGGGGAGUUUGUCCUUUUGAUGGAAGCACGGGCUUGUGUUCCCAGCAUCAAGCUCUCAGCUAUAGAUACUGUGGUUCUAUUUGAUAGUGACUGGGACCCAGUGAAUGAUUUUAGAGCUCUGCAGAAGAUCACCAUAGAUUCAAAAUUUGAGCAGUUGACCGUCUUCCGUUUGUAUUCAUCUUGUACCAUAGAAGAAAAGAUACUAAUCCUUGCGAAAAGUGGUUUAACUGUAGACGGUAGAAUCCAAAGAUUAAAGCAGAGAACUUGCCAUGAGCUGUUGGCUUGGGGUGCCUCUUACCUAUUCAGUAAGCGUGACGACUGUCAUCCUCGCAAGAACAUUACACAGUUAUUCAAAGUUCUUUUUGAUGAUGUUUUCUCUGAGCUGUUAAACCUGUUGCCUGGUAGCAAUGACAACAUUGAUUCUGCUAGCUGCUCAAGGAUUUUGAGAGUGGAACAGGUAGCAGGUGCCUACACGCAGAAUAUUUCAUUACCUAUUGAAUUGGAAACACAGUUGAUGGAAGAUUCCUCUGUCUUGGCUGGAUUACUUGAUGAUGGACAAAUGUCUUUGUUCUGGACAAAUUUGUUUGAAGGGAGACAUCAACCCAUGGGGAGAUGUUUAUCUGACUCCUCUUUUAGGGCUAGAAACCAGCCUCGUUCACUGAAUGUCCUGCACGAAGAUUCUGAAAGGGGUAAUGAAUCAGACACACAUCGGGAAGCAGUUGAGGGCGCUGUUGGAACUGAAAAAAUUAGUACCAUGAGUAAUCCAAACAAUGAACACAAUCAACCACCGGUGUUCUCAGCCCAACAGUCAACAGGAAAUUUCAGACCACCAACCCUGGGAAGUUCAAACGCUCAAGAGGCAUUGGGAAGCCAUAGUGUUCUUCAAAUAGAAAUGAAUAAGAUACAGAUGGAGAGAGAGCAAGCUAUGAAAAUGUAUGAAGAAUUGAAGUUGCUUCUCAAAUCUGAGUUUGAGGAAGAGUUAUUGGAGGUAACAAAGAAGUAUGAUUUGCUGCUCGAGAACGUGGGGUUGGACAUUGCCCAAAAGCAGGAAGAGUUUGAUGCACGCUAUGCGCGCGUGUAUGCAAACAGCUUAUUAGCGGAAUUCAUGAUCAAGAAGGUAAACUCUGACUACACGGCAGAUUUCCUCGAGCUGACGGAGAAAGUGAGCAGAUCUGCCUUGAUGCAGGACGAGAUGCAUCAGAUGAGUUUCCGGCAAAUUCUUCAUGAUCAGCUGGGGACCACUGCUGCUGCUGUUGCUACUAGUGUGACUCGGGAAAAUGGGCCUCAGUUUUUACCAGUGACCUUGCAAGAAGGUCACGGAUCAAAUGCGUCAUCUGCAGCACGUCAAACUAUGCCAUUUUCGUGUGUGAGUUUUUCGGGGAACCUUGAAGCAUGGAGCGAGAUCAGAGCCCCCCCUCCACAUCUAAGACGGUUGACACCAAAAGUCCUGUUAUGUUGAGAUUAGUUCCAUCUUCCUGAUCAGCAACUACUUAUACGAAAGAGGUAUUCUAAGUUAGGUGCGUAGAUUAAGUUUUAACCGACAAAAGAAACACAACUCUCUCUUUUUUUGUUCUGAAGAAUUAACAUAUGUACAAGAAGUUGCCUCUUUCUUUCCUUGGCAAACAUACAAUCUUUUUGGCUUUUAGGAUAUAAUUGUUAAUAUAUACAGUAAUUUUCU